AGAGUUGGAACUGCGUCGUUGCAUUUGCAUACCACAUGCCCGACAGAAUUCCGGAGAGAAACGAAACCAAUGCCGCCGCCCCGGCCGAGCGCCCGCGUCGAGGAGGAGGACAACCUCGUUCGCCUGGCGGCGCGGUGCGUGUCCACGCACCAGCUCGACCAGCUCCAUGCCCGCGCCGUCCUCCUCGGCUACGCCCGCAACAGCUUCGUGGCCGCCAAGCUCGUCCGCGCCUUCGCCGACCUCGGCCACCUCCGCCGCGCGCGCGCCGUGGCGGCGGCGCUCGGGGCCUCCGCCAACGCCUUCGUAUGGACCGCGCUGGUCCGAGCGCACUCCCAGUCGGACGCCGCCGCGCGCGACGCCGUGGCGCUCUACGCCCAGAUGCACCGCGGCUGCCCCGGGAUCAAGCCGCUCACCUUCACCGUCUCCUCCGUGCUCAAGGCGGCGGCUCGCCGCAAGAUGCUGCCGGAGGGCGAGCAGGUGCACGUGCACGUGUUCAAGAACGGGUUCCAGGCCGACGAACGCAUCGCGACGACGUUGGUGGAUCUCUACGCCAAGUGCGGCAGGCUGGACGAUGCCCGCAGAGUGUUCGACAGGUUGCUCGUCAAGGAUGCUCAGCUGUAUAACACCAUGAUUGCUGCGUACAUUGAGGCGGGCGACGUGGAGAGUGCGGAAAAGCUGUUUGAGACGAUGCCGGAGAAGAAUGCAUACACGCUUGUGGAGAUGGUUAGCGGGUAUUCUGCUCGUGGUGAUAUGGACUCUGCGAAGCGUGUCUUUGAAAUAGCACUGGCAAGUGGAGCAGCAAACAUGGUCGUGUGCACUGCCAUGAUAUCUGGGUACGCGAAAACUGGCAAAGCUGAUGAUGCUAGGGCUGUCUUUGAUGGAAUGAGAGAGCGGGAUGUUGCAACCUGGAAUGUGAUGAUUGGCGUGUAUUCAGGUGCUGGUCGGGCUGCAGAGGCAGUGGAUCUCUUCAAGAUUAUGCUGGAGAGUAGAGCAAGCCCGAAGGUGGAGCCAAAUCACACUACAAUAUCAGUUGUGGCAGCUGCAUGCGCGCAAUGUGGGUUACCGACUCAAGCUAGCUGGAUACAGGAUUACGUGGACAGUUGUCGCACGAUGUUGUUGAACAACCAUACUGUAGCAGCCCUCAUUGAUAUGCACUCAAAGUGUGGCAAUAUAGAGAAGGCACUGGACUUGUUUUGCAGGUGGACACAAAGAGAUCUGAUCUGUUACAGUUCUAUGAUCUCUGCGCUGGGCAUGCAUGGCCGCGGAAAGGACGCAAUUUCUGUUUUCAACGAGUUGCUUGAAGAUGGGUUCGACCCUGAUGGCAUCUGUUUUGUGUCAGUCCUGAAUGCUUGCAGUCAUACAGGACUGUUGGAUGAGGGACGCCAAUACUUUCAGAUGAUGAAUGAUGAGUAUCACAUUAUUCCUACUGUAGAGCACUAUCUGUGUGUGGUGGACUUGCUUGGUCGUGCCGGAUGCAUUGAUGAAGCUUACCAAAUGAUCGACCAUGAGAUGCCAACGGAUUUCCAACAACAUGCUGGUAUUUGGGGCGCUCUGCUAAGUGCUUGUAGGACUUACUCAAAUGUGGAGAUUGGGGAGGUGGCCGCGAGUCACCUGUUCAAGUUGGAACCAAAUAACAUGGGAAAUUAUGUUCUGCUUUCAAAUAUAUAUGCAAAGGCAGAGAAGUGGGAUGGAGUCCAAAAAGUUCGAACCCUCAUGAGGAGACAAGGAAUUCAAAAGCCGCCUGGGUGGAGCCAAGUUGAUGCUGAAGGAAGUCUUAGAGAAUUUAUGACUAGUGAGCUUCAUGACAAUGUGCUAGAGCCAGUCAUGGAGAUACUGAAUUGGGAGCUCAAGGAUCAUGGUUACACCCCAAUCAUAGAAGUUGAAUGAAGAGUUGAAGAUGCCUGUUUUUCAAGAGUGUUAUUCUCAAGUUUGAUUGUCUAUGCCAUCAAAACUAGUCAUUUCUGCAUAAUAGAUCCAUCUCCAUGUUAGCUCCCUGCUCUCUGUUGCAUUAACAAAGAACAGAUAUGCCAUCUAAAUUCCAUUUUUAAUGAUCUAAGAACAGGACUUGUGGGCUGUGGUGGCCAAAUUUACCGUUUAGAACAUUUCUGAGCCCCGGACCAUUCCGGAAUCAUAUCUAAGCCUACAAGACUUGUCUGUAGCCAGUCACAAGGAAUCACGCAGUUUUCAUAGGCGUCGCACAUUCGAUAGUCCAAAUCAUAGUGCAUACAUUCCUACACCACAAUGUUUAGUUUUGGAAGUCAAAAGUAGAACCACAAAGGUCUUAUGAGCACACAAUCUUAUUGGAUCGUAUCAUAUAUUCUUAGAAGCCAUGUGGUGGUUAUUGCUAGGCAUGUGGAGUGCAAGUGUACAAAAGGAAUGUCAAAUAAGAGCUAGUGCACGAACUUUUCCGCGCGGGUGCUAUGAAGGAAUGGUGAAGCAUAUAUUCAGCAUCAAAUUUCAGAUUACUGGCACCACAUGUAGUGUCCCUUGGUGUUGCCCAAAGUCCAAAUUCCUCGAGUAAAAAGCUCAAGGCUGUUGCAACUGGGAAGAAAAGAUGAGGAAGAAUAUGAGCACCUCUGUUAUUUUAGAUGACUCUGCUGGUUCAGGAAUCUAUUGAUUCCUCCUCUGUGGCCUAUAUAAACUCAGGGCAGUUGCAUGGUCUGCUCCCAACGUAAGAAGCAUGUUGUGUACUGUAGAGGAAGUGGAGAGGGUUCUUCAAGGACUUUCAUCUCCUUCUCCCUCAAAGGCCUCCAACGGAGUACUUUGAGCGAGAUGAAGAGGGCAGCUCCUUAGUGUCGAAAUCCACUCAAUUGUCCGGUAAAUUUCUAAUGCUGAUGUACGUACCCGGGACAUGCUUUGUUGUUCGAUGGAGUACCCGCUCUGCUGCAGAUGGUAUGAAUGGACUAUAUGAAAUUUUCAUUCUAAAAAUUAUGCUCCUUCUGUUCCAUAAUCUAAGGCGUG